UUCUAAAAUGGCAAAAGCUUGCUUUUUGGUAGUUCACUUUCCACAGUUAAAAGAUUAGGGUACUUGUCACCAUCUUCACAUUCAAACUGAUACAUUUGAUGUAACAGUUGACUAUCUCAUAUUAAACCAAGAAGAUUCAAGAUUUUUUUUAAGUUUUUAGUUCUUAUGUAAAUUGAGCAACUGGGGUUUGUUACAAUUGUAAAAAGUUUCGAUAUUUAUGAGUAAUAUUUGAUGAUAUUUCAUGGCUACAAAGCAAAUGACUAGAAUAAGUUAUAAGAUUGUAUGAAAAUGGAUUUACGAGACGAAAGCUCUAGACUUGGUUCAACUUUGAGGAAUUUAUCAUCUUCAUCUUCAGUUUUUCUAUCAGCAAAUCAGUCGCCUUUUUUCUCCCCGAGAUCAUCAUUGUCUUGGCAGCCCGCUGAUGAUGGGCCUAUACACCCGCCAAGUACAUCAAGUGAUCCUCAAAACUUUCGGCUGAUAACCUCCUCAACAGGUGUUUCCACCAGCAAUCAGCAGCUAUACGCUACCUGCCAUGAGAAUGAGGCGUUUGAACAUAGAGAAAAGUCAAAGAAAGUCCCACGAAGCCCAAUUUCUUCAUACACGCCGCCCUCAACCUCUUACGGUCCAACAAGAUUAAGAAGCUUUGAUGUUUACAUAGGAUUUCAUGGUAAAAAGCCGUUACUGUCAAGGUUUGUAAAUUGGCUUAGAGCUGAUUUAGAAGUACAAGGAUUGAGUUGUUUCGUUACAGAUAGAGCAAAAUGUAGAAACUCUAGAAAGCAUAACAUUGUAGAGAAAGCCAUGGACGCCUCUACAUUUGGGGUCGUUAUUUUAACAAGAAAAUCAUUCAGAAACCCGUAUACAAUUGAAGAGCUAAGAUUCUUUGCGAGUAAAAAGAAUUUGGUCCCGGUUUAUUUUGAUGUUGGCCCAGAUGAUUGUCUUGUUAGAGAUAUAGUGGAGAGACGAGGAGAGACAUGGGAAAGACAUGGUGGUGAGCUAUGGCUUUUGUAUGGUGGGUUAGAAAACGAAUGGAAAGACGCAGUCAAUGGGUUGACCCGUGUUGAUGAAUGGAAGCUUGAGGCCCGUGAUGGGAAAUGGCGGGAUUGUAUUCUUCGUGCUGUGACCCUUUUGGCAUUGAGACUUGGCCGGAGAAGUGUUGUCGAUAGAUUAACAAAAUGGAGUGAAAAAGUUGAGAAAGAAGAGUUUCCUUAUCCCCGGAAUGACAACUUUAUUGGGAGAAAAAAGGAACUUUCUGAGCUUGAAUUCAUGCUUUUCGGUGAUGUCAUUGGGGAAAGGGAACGGGACUAUUUUGAACUUAAAGCAAGACCAAGACGAAAGAAUCUGAUUCAUAACUGGGGGAGGAGCAAUUCAAUAGAUGAACACAGAAGAGAACCAAAAACUCCUGAGCCUAGAAGUAGAAGAAGAAAAGGAAAAGAACCAGUGGUUUGGAAGGAAUCAGAGAAGGAAAUCGAGAUGCAAAAUGCUGACUUUUCACCAAAACCGAAACCUGGUAGGCGGAAACGGGCUAUGAAAGUUGUCUACGGAAAGGGGAUAGCUUGUGUUUCUGGUGACUCAGGUAUAGGUAAAACAGAGUUACUUCUUGAAUUCGCCUAUCGAUUUCAUCAAAGGUACAAAAUGGUUUUAUGGAUCGGGGGUGAAAGCAGAUACAUUCGACAAAAUUACUUGAAUUUAUGGUCUUUUUUAGAAGUUGAUGUGGGGAUUGAGUCGGGUUUGGAGAAGAGUAGAACAAAAAGCUUUGAAGAACAUGAAGAAACUGCGAUAGCCAGAAUAAGAAAGGAGCUUAUGAGAAACAUUCCGUUUUUGGUAAUAAUUGACAACUUAGAAUCCGAGAAAGACUGGUGGGAUCAUAAACACGUGAUCGAUCUUCUUCCUCGUUUUGGUGGAGAAACUCAUGUACUUAUAUCCACACGACUCUCCCGGUUGAUUAAUAUGGAACCAUUACGGCUUUCAUACUUAUCAGGUGUUGAGGCGAUGUCUCUAAUGCAAGGAAACAUAAAUGACCGCCCGGUUGCAGUGUCUGAAAUCGACGCAUUACGUACGAUUGAAGAAAAGCUUGGGAGGUUGACUUUAGGAUUAGCUAUUGUUGGAGCGGUUUUAUCUGAGCUCCCGAUCACUCCUAGUCGACUUUUGGAAACAAUUAACCGAAUGCCUUCAAGUGGAAGAGAAAGGGAAAGUAAUACCUUAAGGCGAAAUAUGUUUCUUUUGCAGCUAAUUGAGGUUUGUUUCUCGAUAUUUGACCAUGCUGAUGGUCCACGAAGCUUGGCAACCCGAAUGGUUCUUGCUAGUGGCUGGUUUGCACCUGGGCCAACUCCGGUUUCAUUACUGGCUGUAGCCGCUAAACGGAUCCCAGAAAAACAUCACCGUACUAGGCUAUGGAGGAAGAUUUUGCAGUCAUUAACGUGUGGGUGUUCUUCUUUAUAUGACAAGAAAUCUGAAACCGAAGCGUGUUCUGUCCUUUUACGCUUCAACCUUGCUCGGAGUUGUACUAAAGAUGGUUACAUACAGUUUAACCAGCUGGUUAAAAUGUAUGCACGUAAAAGAAGCUCCCCAGGGACAGCACAUGCCGUGGUGCAAACUAUUGUGACCCGAGGUACAAUCGUACAUAACUCGGAUCAUAUUUGGGCAGCAUGCUUCCUGUUAUUGGGAUUUGGGACCGACCCUGUGGUAAUCGAGACAAAAGCUGCAGAAUUGCCAUUUCUCGUGAAAGAAGUAAUCUUACCGCUUGCUAUAAGAACAUUUAUUCGGUUUUCUCGUUGUACUGCUUCUUUAGAACUCUUGCGGUUGUGCACCAAUGCACUUGAAGCCGCCGAUGAGGCACUCGUGACACCUGUGGAAAAAUGGUUGGAUAAAUCUUUAUGUUGGAAACCGAUUCAAACUGAUGCGCAAUUAAACCCUAGUUUAUGGCAAGAUUUAGCCCUUUCAAGAGCAACUGUUCUUGAAAUUAGGGCAAAAUUGAUGCUAAGAGGAGGACAAUUCGAUAUCGGGGAUGACCUAAUUCGGAAAGCAAUCUUUAUUAGAACUUCUAUAUGUGGCGAGGAUCACCCUGAUACUGUAUCUGCACGUGAAACGCUUAGUAAACUUACUAGACUUCUAGCCAAUGUUCAAAUUCAUACUUCACCAUAGAGUUAUACACAAGUUCUUACAAUAAAUCUUUAUUUAUUUUUACUGGAUUUAGAGAAUUUUAUACCAUUUUUGAGUAUCUGAGCCGCAUUUUCAGCUCUAUUUCACCAUCUCUCUAGUAAGUGAUUGCAUUUUGUCGUCAGAUGGGUUCCAAGGAGAUCGGAAGUCUAAUGCAGGUAAUGCAAGAUUCACAUAACUAUUUUGCCUUUUUAGUAACUUUGUGUUUGGAUUGACCAUUUUUGUACGAAUUUAGGAUGUCUAUACGCUGUUUACAGUAAGAGCUUUCGUUAAAUAAUUUACAGAAAUUUUAUCCUAUUUUUGCAUAUUUUUAAUCUGCGCUUCGCAGUUCCUUCUUUCUCGUGAAACACAGGUUGCAAUAUCUUCUUUGUACCAGACAUCACCAUCUGGGAGCGACCACAACAAGUAACACAAUAAUUUCGAUGGUUUAUGGGGAAAGCUUCCCCCCUUUUCAUAUCCUCCAGUUUUGUUCGUAGGGCAUUUAGAAAUAAGUUUCUGUAUGUGAUAUCCAGUUCAAAUCUAAUGAUCUAACUUGAUUU